GAGCCUGUCCAGUCGCGUCACGCACAGGGUCCUGUCCAAUCACAUCACCCGCAGGGCAGGGAGGAGGACAGUGAGAACGUAGCUCAUUACAUGGUCAAACAACCCGGCCUACACAAUGGCACAAGGUUAGAUAGAGCACCCGCCAGCAUGAGGGACAAUGCCCACCUGAGCACUGACAGCACAGAGGCUGGAGGGCCACAGGCCAUUAUUGGGGACCCAAACAGGGGUGAGGGGCCACAGGUCCUCAUUAGCGACCCAAACAGGGGUGAGGGGCCACAGGCCCUCAAUAGGGACCCAAACAGGGGUGAGGGGCCACUAUGUGCAGAACCUGAACAUCCAAUUCCGGACUGGCUACGAAAUGGCAAGGCAUCAGGAGAGCGGCCCGGCGUCCAUUUUGGGGAAGGGAAAGAAGGAGCACUGGGGAGCCGUAACCGGGAAACAGGCCCCGCCUCUUCAGGUGUCCUAAUAGAGGCAGGCAGCGUGCUACCAGCAGGGGGCGCGUUUGAGUUCGUACUGCACCACUGCCUCCUGCAGCAGGCCUCCCAGCGGCGCUGCCCCGACCUGCGCGCGGCCUGCCGGCUGGUGGCGGGGGCCGUACUGAGCAUGCCCAGGCGGCUGUACCCCGGUCCACGCUUCCUGGAUGCCCAGUCACACUUCCUGAGGGCCUCUGGGGCCGCCCCCCCCAGCUGGAGAGUUCGGGGGCUGGAGUCCCUGGCCUGUAAAUACCAGCUCCUCCUCUCCGUCCUGCACACUGCGUCAAGCCUGCUGUCCGUGGACCUCAUCCUUCACUCCCACAUCCACAGCCAGGCGGAACACAGCCAGGAGGAGGAAGAGGAGGCAGAAGAGUAGAAAUGUUCUGUCAAUCCUGUUUUUCAUUAUGCACAAAUUUGAAUGGAUGUAUGUAUUUAUACAAGUUCCAGGUCCUCCCAUGUGAUAGUAUAUUCAUACCUUAAGUAUGUGAAAUUGGGGCGGCAGGUAUGCCAUCCUGCAAAGUUACGUGUUGGCGGGGUGGCAUGCCCCAUACAUAUACAGCACCGAGAGUUUGGCACUUUU